AUUGAUUACAAGUUUUAUCUACCAUCAUUAUCAAGUGCAGCAAUUAAUAUCGAUUUAAUAGUAGCCUCUUAUAUUCUUAACAAUAAAAAGUUAAUAGAAAAGUGUUUUUAUGAUCACCCAUUAUUAAGUUAUGUUCUAGAUGUAACAAACUAUCAAAACAGUUUGGCUUUAUAUAUAAAAUCUCCAGGACCAAAUGACACUUUACCACUCAACUAUGUUAGAAAUAUAUUCUCUGGUGUUUCUGGUGAAUCCAUUAUUUCAAAACUCAAAAAAGUUCCAGAAUUAUGUUCGAGUUUAGAUGAUUGCCAAAAAACUACAAUUAAAGAUUAUUUGUUAGAAUUACAAAGUUCAAAAUUAGUUAAAUCAAUAAGUAAUGAGUUUAAUCCAAUCAUUGACUACUUGUAUGAUCAAUUUGACAUAAUAUGGAAGAAAGGUCGAUAUAACAAUCUAGUUGAACCUAACAGUUCAAUUAAUGAAGGACUUUGGGUUGCUGAACCUGUUCAUAUCAUGAUGACAGCAACAACGAACUAUUUGGAUCAGCCAGAUAUAUGGGCGACCAUUAACAUUGAUGGCAUUUCAUAUGAGAUAUUGUAUGGUGAGGUAUCUGGAAUGCCAUAUGAUUCAGAUCUAAAACAUAUAGAAGGAGAUCACAGAAAAUUGUUUCAUCUUGGUGUUUGUGGCAAAAAACUAUUUCUCAAACAUAUUAGAGAACAAUACCCACAUGGGGAAAUCUUUAUUGGGCAACAUCUUUCCCCAGUAGAGAUACCAAUUGAAAUAUCACAAAAAAGCAAAUUUGAAAACUUUGCUUUAAAUGUAAUUAACAUCUAUGUGGUUUUGAAAAAAAUUGUUCAAGAAAUACAAAAUUCCAUAAACAAAAUUGAAAACAAUAUACAAAAAGGUGAUCAUAUGAGUCUAGAAGAUUCUUCUUUUGAAGAAUUAUUUAGUUCACCAAAAAUCUCUAGAACUCCAUAA